AUGGCCAAUCCAAAUACAACUCCACCACCAACUUCAGCAGCAAAGCCGCCAAGUCACUCAACCUCACCACCACCGUCCCCGGGGGCAAAUCCUCCAAGUCACUCAACCCCACCGCCAACUCCAUCAGCAAAACCACCAAGUCAAUCAACCCCACCACCACCUCUGGCUGCGAAGCCACCACGUCCAUCAAUCCCACCGCCACCUCCGUCAACAAAGCCACCACGUCCAUCAAUCCCACCACCACCACCUCCGGCUGCGAAGCCACCACCUCCGUCAAUCCCACCGCCACCUCCGUCAGCAAAGCCGCCACGUCCAUCAAUCCCACCACCACCACCCCCGGGGGCAAAGCCUCCAAGCCCCUCAACCCCACCGCCACCACCAUAUCAACCAUUUAGGCCACCGCCCCCGCCUCAUGUACGCCCUCCGCCACCGCAGCUGCCACCACCGUCCCCAUCACCGGACAAUAAUCCCACCGUCAUAGUCAUUGUGUUCAUCUCAUUCGGUUCUGUUUUCUUCCUUGCAUUCCUUGCAGUUUCCCUGCUUUGUUGCAUCAAGAGGAGAAAGAAGAAGACAAUCCAAGAAACCAACUUCAUUCACAUUGACAAACACCGGAAGAUGAAGGAAGCAAUUGUAGAAGGUCCCAACGGACCGCAAGCCGUGGUGUUGUCGGUCGAGGAUGAUGUCCACGUCGACGAGGAGAUAAGGAAGAAUGAGACAAUUGCUCACGAGGGGUUGCAUGGAGAAGUAAAGAGUUCAGAUGUCCAGUCGGAUACCGAAAUCAUUAACGUCGGCGAACAUCGGAACGUGAAGGAAGACAUAGAAGUUCCGCAUGGAUCGAAAGCUGUGGUGCUAACAGUCAAAGACGAUGUUCAUAUCGAUGAAAUAAUAAGGAAGAACGAGAAGGUUGGUAAAGGUUUGCAUGGCAAUGCAGAGGCAGUGAAAAUUGAUUAG